AUGGAGGUGGUUGCCAUGAAACUGGGUAUGGUUACCAUGGAGCUGGGUAAGACUCCAGACAUCCUGUAGAGAGACUGUUGGCAGAGCAGAGAGGCUGCUGGGAGUUUUACAGUAUACAAUCAAUUGGUGUUGUAGAAUCGCUGUUACUGUUUAUCCAAUGAAGGGUUCUGUUCUCUCUCGUGUUCGGUCUGAUGUUUAUUGACAUCAUCCUAUAAAGUACAUUGAUCUAGGGUUGGUUCACUUGUUGUGACCUGUUGUUUUGACUUGAGGAUGCGGUCACUUGUUGGUCUAGUGGAUGUUGUUGACUUGUGACUGGUAGUUCUUAUAAAAUCGUCACUUCAUGUUGUUAGAUGUAGCUAGUGGUUGUUACAGUAACUUGUUCCCUGUGGUUCUAUUAUGAAGCAGUCACUUGUUUGGUCUGGUGCUUGUCGACAUUUACUGUUGGUCCAUAUGAAGCAGUCCGACAGUCACCUACUGGUCAGCUGGCUGUAUUUCCUGGUUGGAGGACAGCUGGCAUUGUCAUGGCGAUGGCAGCCACAUCCACCCAGAAACAUUAGUUCCACCGCCGGCCCUUUUUGUCCCGCUCCAAAAAAGAGGGGGAAUGAAUAAAAGAAAAAAGGGGAGACGGCUAAAGUCUCCCUGAUCCCCUUUUCCAUAUGCAGGGUAAUCCAGGGGCGACAGUCAGCACAAAUGUGGCUUUGACAGGCCUGCGAGUGUGUGUGUGUGUGUGUGUUGACUCUGACCCUCUCUGUGGCCCUCAGUUUCACUGGGCUCUGGGAAAACCAGUCAUCAGUGGGUACUACUAGGCUGUGUCAGAACGGUGUCACUACCAUACUCACUCCCCUGCGUUGGUGGAUAAAAGGUUCAAGGGAGUCGUAAAAGCAUCUGGACACUGUUAGAUGACUCAUUUCUGUCCUCCCAUUCAGCUGCUUUCUGAUGAGCUCACCCUCUAACUAUGUGGUGUAUACAUUAUCAAGCUGGUUGAAUACUAAAGUGCUCUUGACCUUAACAUCUAUAGAGCCAGGCAGCACUGUAAUUACUAAAGCAUUAGUAAUGGUCUGUUUUAUUAUGGAUGUGUACACACUACAGAUAAAUACUACACUAAUUACAGAAAGACCACUACAGGUCUUGUUUAGUUAUGCAUUAGUUAUCAGGUAGUCACAUUUACCGUCAUACCUGAGUUUGCUAAGGCCUCUAAAAUCACAAAGGGUUCUCUUUCUUCUUGUAUUAGAUCCACACAUGUCUGACUAAUGUAAAUAAACACCUAGGUGGAAUUACUUGACUGGUGUCUCCUCUUUAUAUUGAAAUAUAUAACUUACAAAUCCUUAUCAUGCAUUAUAAACACUUACUGUACACUGAGUGUACAAAACAUUAAGAACACCUGCUCUUUCCUUAACCUAGACAUAGGUUAAUCUAGGUGAAAGCUAUGAUCACUUAUUGAUGUCACCUGUUAAAUCCACUUCAAUCAGUGUAUUUUUAAGCCUUGAGACAAUUGAGACAUGGAUUGUGUAUGUGUGCCAUUCAGAGGGUGAAUGGGCAAGACAAAAUAUUUAAGUGCCUUUGAACGGGGUAUGGUAGUAGGUGCCAGGCACACCAGUUUGUGUCAAGAACUGCAACGCUGCUGGGUUUUUCAUGCUCAACAGUUUCCCGUGUGUAUCAAGAAUGGUCCACCACCCAAAGGGUAUCCAGCCAACUUGACACAACUGUGGGAACCUUUGGAGUCAACAUGGGUCAGCAUCCCUGUGGAACGCUUUCAACACCUUGUAGAGUCCAUGCCCCGAUGAAUUGAGUCUGUUCUGAGUGUGACUCAGUCUAUAUAAACAAACAUAUUUACACGUUAGAGAUGGUUCUCUAACAGUUGUGUCUUUGUGUCUUUUCUUUCCAGAUAAAAUGUGCCUUAUACAGUAUAUGAAUAUGAACAAACACCGUAGCCAUUGUGUUACUGAGAUGGGUCUCUAACAGUCUUGUCUUUGUGUCUGUUUGUCCUCCAGAGCACCAGGACUGUCUUCACCAGGUGGUCCAUGAGCGUCUGGGGGAGCUGCUGCGUGUGUUGAAGGCAGUCAUCAGCAAACACCAGACCCUCAACUCUGUGGACAUCCUCAGUGCUGCAGGCACCGUCAUCGCACAGGUCAAAGGUGAGCAGCACUCCCUAGAGCAUAGAGACACAGCUCAAACACACCCUAACUCCCUAUCUCCCUCCCUUACACAGCUCAAACACACCCUAACUCCCUAUCUCCCUCCCUUACACAGCUCAAACACACCCUAACUCCCUAUCUCCCUCCCUUACACAGCUCAAACACACCCUGACUCCCUAUCUCCCUCCCUUACACAGCUCAAACACACCCUAACUCCCUAUCUCCCUCCCUUACACAGCUCAAACACACCCUAACUCCCUAUCUCCCUCCCUUACACAGCUCAAACACACCCUAACUCCCUAUCUCCCUCCCUUACACAGCUCAAACACACCCUAACUCCCUAUCUCCCUCCCUUACACAGCUCAAACACACCCUAACUCUCUAUCUCCCUCCCGUACAGAGCUCAAACACACCCUAACUCCCUAUCUCCCUCCCUUUCACAGCUCAAACACACCCUAACUCCCUAUCUCCCUCCCCUACACAGCUCAAACACACCCUGACUCCCUAUCUCCCUCCCUUACACAGCUCAAACACACCCUAACUCCCUAUCUCCCUCCCUUACACAGCUCAAACACACCCUGCCUCCUUGUCUUCCUGCCUCCAUGUCUUCCUGCCUCCCUGUCUUCCUGCCUCCCCGUCUUCCUGCCUCCCUGUCUUCCUGCCUCCUUGUCUUCCUGCCUCCUUGUCUUCCUGCCUCCCUGUCUUCCUGCCUCCCUGUCUUCCUGCCAUCCCUGUCUUCCUGCCUCCUUGUCUUCCUGCCUCCCUGUCUCCCUGCCUCCCUGCCUCCCUGCCUCCCUGUCUUCCUGCCUCCCUGUCUUCCUGCCUCCCUGUCUCCCUGCCUCCCUGCCUCCCUGUCUUCCUGCCUCCCUGUCUUCCUGCCUCCCUGCCUCCCUGUCUUCCUGCCUCCUUGUCUUCCUGCCUCCCUGUCUUCCUGCCUCCCUGUCUUCCUGCCUCCUUGUCUUCCUGCCUCCCUGUCUUCCUGCUUCCCGUCUUCCUGCCUCCUUGUCUUCCUGCCUCCCUGUCUUCAUGCCUCCCUGUCUCCCUGUCUCCCUGUCUCCCGCCCUAAUGGCUCACACUCCUUGCCUCCCUACCUCCCCCAGGUCUCAUUUGGCUGGAUUAGGUCUGGAAGAAGGUUUGUGCUUAAAGCAUUACAGGGCCAGCAUGUUUGUCUGUUUAGCAAAACUAGAAGGUGUAUUUGCAGCAGGCUUUUGAGGAUUAAUUCAUUUUAAAUAUCAGAACUUCGCUCAAAUAACACACACAGCAUGCAUUCAAACCCCUGACUUAAAAAUACAGACCAUAUAUUAUUUGAAUGUUUAAAUCUGAAUUCCUAUUGAGUCCAGUGGUAGGAGGGAGAGGAGUGUGUUUGACUCAAAAGAGUGAAGUCUUUGUGCUUUGUGUUGCUGUCCUGAGGGAACAGGGCUCAGGAAUCCCAUUUAUCUCCUCUCCUCGAGAUUAUGAUCAGCCAUGGAGGGCAAUUCUUCACUUGGCCCGCGCACAAGAAUCUCAGAGUAGAGUAUACCUCGGCUCAAUUGGAAUUGCAUAGCGGCCUGGCCCUGGUUUGGCUGCAUACCAUUGGCAAUGCUCUAUGUUAACGAAGUACGGUGACACAUUGACCUGGAACAAAGGCUGGGGAGGUGUUUGUGUGUGCGUGUGUGUGUCGUGGUGUUGUAAAUACCUCUCCUUCCUUCCACUCUAAAUGCAUUCUACCAAAUGACUAAAAAGUGAUUGAACCAAAGUCGAUUCCAAGUCUUGGUUUACAGUCGUGGUCAAAAGUUUUGAGAAGUAUUGGUCUUCACAUAGUUUGCUGCUUCAGUGUUUUUAGAUAUUUUAGUCAGAUGUUACUAUGGUAUACUGAAGUAUAAUUACAAGCAUUCCAUAAGUGUCAAAGGCUUUUAUUGACAAUUACAUUAAGUUUAUGCAAAGAGUCAAUACUUAUUUUUCAAGACCCUGGCAAUCCGCCCUGGCAUGCUGUGAAUUAACUUCUGGGCCACAUCCUGACUGAUGGCAACCCAUUCUUGCAUAAUCAAUGCUUGGAGUUUGUCAGAAUUUGUGGGUUUUUGUUUGUCCAUCCGCCUCUUGAGGAUUGACCACAAGUUCUCAAUGGGAUUAAGGUCUGGGGAGUUUCCUGGCCAUGGACCCAAAAUGUCGAUGUUUUGUUCCCCAAGCCACAUAGUUAUCACUUUUGCCUUAUGGCAAGGUGCUCCAUUAUGCUGGAAAAGGCAUUGUUCGUCACCAAACUGUUCUUGGAUAGUUGGGAGAAGUUGCUGUCAGAGGAUGUGUUGGUACCAUUCUUUAUUCAUGGCUGUGUUCUUAGGCAAAAUUGUGAGUGAGCCCACUCCCUUGGCUGAGAAGCAACCCCACACAUGAAUGGUCUCAGGUUGCUUUACUGUUGGCAUGACACAGGACUGAUGGUAGCGCUCACCUUGUCUUCUCCGGACAAGCUUUUUUCCGGAUGCCCCAAACAAUCGGAAAGGGGAUUCAUCAGAGAAAAUGACUUUACCCCAGUCCUCAGCAGUCCAAUCCCUGUACCUUUUGCAGAAUAUCAGUCUGUCCCUGAUGUUUUUCCUGGAGAGAAGUGGCUUCCUCGCUGCCCUUCUUGAGACCAGGCCAUCCUCCAAAAGUCUUCGCCUCACUGUGCGUGAAAAUGCACUCACACCUGCCUGCUGCCAUUCCUGAGCAAGCUCUGCACUGGUGGUGCCCCGAUCCCGCAGCUGAAUCAACUUUAGGAGACGGUCCUGGCGCUUGCUGGACUUUCUUGGGAGCCUUCUUCACAACAAUUGAACCUCUCUCCUUGAAGUUCUUCAUGAUCCGAUAAAUGGUUGAUUUAGGUGCAAUAUUACUAGCAGCAAUAUCCUUGCCUGUGAAGCCCUUUUUGUGCAAAGCAAUGAUGACGGAACGUGUUUCCUUGCAGGUAACCAUGGUUAACAAAGGAAGAACAAUGAUUUCAAGCACCACCCUCCUUUUAAAGCUUCCAGUCUGUUAUUCUAACUCAAUCAGCAUGACAGAGUGAUCUCCAGCCUUGUCCUCGUCAACACUCUCACCUGUGUUAACGAGAGAAUCACUGACAUGAUGUCAGCUGGUCCUUUUGUGGCAGGGCUGAAAUGCAGUGGAAAUGUUUUUUGGGGGAUUUCGUUCAUUUUCAUGGCAAAGAGGGACUUUGCAAUUAAUUGCAAUUGAUCUGAUCACACUUCAUAACAUUCUGGAGUAUAUGCAAAUUGCCAUCAUAAAAACUGAGGCAGCAGACUUUGUGAAAAUUAAUAUUUGUGUCAUUCUCAAAACUUUUGACCAUGACUGUACACUACGGUAUGCAGCCUGGGUGCAUUUCAAGCAGAACUGAAGGAAGCUAUUGUAUGGCGGCUUGGACAGAGACAGAGUGAGCGUUAGCGCUGGAUGCAGUAGAUCUGCAUGCUCUACUGUGACAGUUGAAAAGACUUCACAUAGAGCCUCCUGUGGCUAGCUAGCCAAUAGUCAUGUGAUGUUGCUAAUGACUAAUCUGGUUUCAAGGCUGUGGGGCUUUCUCUUGUGAACAGUUUAAUAUUAACAGUGCUUUGUGUAUAUAGGAACAGAACAGCAGUAUCACUGCUGAAUCAAUAAAAUGCUUAAGGUAUAAGCUCCAGGACACUCCCAUUAAACUAGCAUGUUGUUCUUUCAUUCUUAAUUCCAUACUUCACCAUGAUAACCUUUCUCACCACUAGAGGGCCAGAAUAUGUGUCCUCUGUAGUAGACCCUCACACAAUAAGGCUCAACAGGCUAUACACACAUACUCAUUGGCAUCCUUCAUUCUUUGCCAACAUUAGUCACUUCACACGCACGCACGCACACACACCUGGCCUGGUCCCCAUGUAACGUGAGACUGAAGUAAUCAUUUCAGGUAGGAGAGAUUAAAAUAAGAGAAAGUGGAAUAUCCAGGCGUGCGGCUAGGCUGUGGCCCUGUGCCUAGGGUGGAGAUAACUGGGGUCUGUGUCUCUCUCUGUGUGUGUGUGUGUGUGUGUGUGUGUGUGUGUGUGUGUGUGUGUGCAUGUGUGUGUGCGUGUGUGUGUGCGUGUUUGUGUGUCUGUCUCUGCCCGCCAUACUGGCUCAGUGGAUCAGGAACCGUCCCCAGUCGCUCAUGCCUGGCCUAAUUCAUGCUCUCCUAGUGGGGCUAUGACUUUCACAGCACUGGUCUCUGUCCAGGGAGAGGAGACACACACCAGGAGGAAAGAGAGAGGAAGAGACAAGGGUUAGGGAGUUGGCCCUAACCCUAUCCAUCCAUCUAUCUAUCUAUCUAUCUAUCUAUCUAUCUAUCUAUCUAUCUAUCUAUCUAUCUAUCUAUCUAUCUAUCUAUCUAUCUAUCUAUCUAUCUAUCUAUCUAUCUAUCUAUCUAUCUAUCUAUCUAUCUAUCUAUCUAUCUAUCUAUCUAUCUAUCUAUCUAUCUAUCUAUCUAUCUAUCUAUCUAUCUAUCUAUCUAUCUAUCUAUCUGUCUGUCUGUCUGUCUGUCUGUCUGUCUGUCUGUCUGUCUGUCUGUCUGUCUGUCUGUCUGUCUGUCUGUCUGUCUGUCUGUCUGUCUGUCUGUCUGUCUGUCUGUCUGUCUGUCUGUCUGUCUGUCUGUCUGUCUGUCUGUCUGUCUGUCUGUCUGUCUGUCUGUCUGUCUGUCUGUCUGUCGCAAGAUAUCCUACACAUAGUCUUACGAGUUCAGCAAAGGUGUUUAUACAAUGAGCAAAUUAAAAUACUUUUUCUGUAGGUGGUGUAUCACCCAAUUAGCUAAACCAAGGUAUCUGAGAAGGACACCAAAAUGACAUGUGAUGAACACCAUGACUUGACACCUGUCACAUGACACCGGUCAUUUCCUGAAUGAAGAGAUGUGGUUGUUUCCCCUCCCUACAUUGGUACAGUGUAGGGUUGCAAAGUUCCAGUAACUUUCCCAAAAUGUCCAGGUUUUCCGGAAGUCCCGGUUGGAGGUUCCCAGAAUCAAGAGGGAACAAACAGGAAAUCCGGAAUCCUCCAACCAGGAUUUCUGGAAAACUGGGUCAUUUUGGGAUGUUGCUGGAAUUUGUAAACCAUAGUCCAGUCACAUUAUGUAUGUGGGUCAUUGAGGCAUUCACAUUACCAUGAUGGCCCCUAUGGCCUGAUGGCCCCCAAUGACCUGCUUCCUAUGUCCUGGCUAAGUCAUGUAUGUUUGCUCCCAUUAAUAUCUGUUUUGUCAGCAAGCUUCCCCCUGCACUGGGCUGAGAGGUGGAAUUGAUUAGUGUUCGUUCAGGAGUAAUGUGCUUUCCCAGUGAAAACAAUGCAGUUUUUGCCUGAUGAUGUAACAUCCACGUUUGGACUGUGGUUGGCCGGAGCGAGCGCUGGCAUUGUGUUCUAGUGAGCUUCAGGAUGUCCUGUGUUGCGGAGAGGGGAGGAGGGGGUAGGAGAGGACGUAAAGGCCAGAGAGACGCAGCGAUAGCGUCCUAGGCGGAGCUAGCUAGCUGCGUUCACAGACAGACGAUCCUGGGAGUCAAACUACCAGGAACCACUAACUCUACCGUCCCGUCUGAAAGGGUCCUACCUCUCAUAGGAGCUUCUGGAACUUAUGGAAUUGGCUUGAAUUCCGUACUGGAGACAUUUUGCCUCAAUUCCCUGGAAAGAGAAGCUUUUUGGGUGACUCAAAGGGAGAUAAAGGAGGAGAUUUGUGCAGCCAUUUCCCCUGUGUCAGUUGGAGAAAGCUUUAGCGCAUUAAACGGGCUGUAGAUCAGCUUGACCACUAGAGGCAGGUCCCCCUUUGGAACCACUGAACCACGAAGUACCUACUGAGUAAGGAGUGGUUCUACAGUCAAGGAGUGGUUGUACCAUACAGUCAGGAAGACCAACAUAGAAGAGAGAAGAGAGAGAAGUCCUUGAGAGCAGAUUGGGUAGAAAGAGUUUGUGGCUGGGACAGUGGUGGUGCUAUAACAACCACCCGACUGCGGACCACAUCAUACACACAGACUGAAUGCUAAAAAGUGUUCAGCCACUGAAGGGUAAGUGUUGGCUGGCGUGUGUGUGUGUGUGUGUUUUACUGUAGAGUUCCUCUUGUUGUAUAGAGACAGGAAGCCUGCACUGUAAGAGCAUAGAGAGCUGCUGGUCUCUCUCUCUCUCUGAGUCUCCUAGUUCCUUUGUCGCUUGCUUACCUAUUUCCUGUAUGACGAAGAGGAUUCUAGAAUGGGAAACCGUUUGUGGUUCUUGUGCUGCUAAGUGUUGUUUGAACUGUUUUGGAACUAAGUCUCCAUGGGGCUCAACUAACUAGAAAACAUUCAACCUGGGCUACUAAUCGUUUAAUUAGAGCAUUCUAAUAUAUCUAAUGUAAAAGAAGACAACUCAAAGAACUUUCUGGUAAGAAGAAGAAAAAGUGCUUUGUAGAAGGAGCUUUCUACAAGCCUCUUUCCUUGAACCAUUCUCUUGAUCUCCUGCUCCCCUCCUGAUCUCUAGACAUCUUUAUUGUUAGGCGGAGAGAACAUCGACACUAGGGGAAUGGCCGCAGGGAAUGGCGUCACUGGUGUUGCGUCCCAAAUGGAACCCUAUUCCCCGAUAGUGCACUACUUUUUACCAGGGUCCACAGGGAUCUACCAUAGCGCUGUGGUCCAAAGUAGUGCAAUAUAUAGGGAAUAGAGUGCAGUUUCAGAUGCAGCUUGAGCUGUUGGUGCUGCCUGUUGAGCUUCUAUCCUGGUUUAUUUUCUCUCCUCCUCCCGAGUGGGACAGGAAGUUUAUUGUGGAGACUGAUUAUAGACCUAUUUACAUUGGUGUUUUUCCCUUCUCUUUUUCAGUCAUCACUUUGUUUAGACUUAAGGCAGGAAACUGUGUGCCUUUCCAGAUUACAAUUCAAUCAGUACUGUUUCAGUCAAAACUCUGCUUUUUAUGUAAAAUCUCUGCUGUUUCAGUCAAAUCUCUACUGUUUCAAUCAUUUCUCUACAGUUUCAGUCAAAUCUCAAAUCUCUACUGUUUCAGUCAAAUCUCAGUUGUUUCAGUCAAAUCUCUACUGUUUCAGUCACAUCUCUACUGUUUUAGUCAAACCUCUACUGUUUCAGUUAAAUCUCUACUGUUUCAGUUAAAUCUCUACGGUUUCAGUUAAAUCUCUACUGUUUCAGUCAAAUCUCUACUGUUUCAGUCAAAUCUCUACUGUUUCAGUCAAAUCUCUACUGUUUCGGUUAAAUCUCUACGUUUCAGUUAAAUCUCAACUGUUUCAGUCAAAUCUCUGCUGUUUCAGUCAAAUCUCUACUGUUUCAGUCACAUCUCUGCUAUUUCAGUCAAAUCUCUGCUGUUUCAGUCAAAUAUCUACUGUUUCAGUCACAUCUCUGCUGUUUCAGUCAAAUCUCUACUGUUUCAGUCAAAUCUCUGCUGUUUCAGUCAAAUCUCUAAUGUUUCAGUCACAUCUCUGCUGUUUCAGUCAAAUCUCUGCUGUUUCAGUCAAAUCUCUGCUGUUUCAGUCAAAUCUCUGCUGUUUCAGUCAAAUCUCUACUGUUUCAGUCACAUCUCUGCUAUUUCAGUCAAAUCUCUGCUGUUUCAGUCAAAUCUCUACUGUUUCAGUCAAAUCUCUGCUGUUUCAGUCAAAUCUCUGCUGUUUCAGCCAAAUCUCUGCUGUUUCAGUCAAAUCUCUGCUGUUUCAGCCAAAUCUCUGCUGUUUCAGCCAAAUCUCUGCUGUUUCAGCCAAAUCUCUGCUUUUUCAGUCAAAUCUCUGCUGUUUCAGUCACAUCUCUGCUGUUUCAGUCAAAUCUCUACUGUAGUCAAAUCUCUGCUGUCUCUCAACCUGUAUAGCAACAUAUUCUGAUAAUGAUUAGUCUCAUGUUCAUGUAGGUUAUAUGUUUUGACAUUACAGUGCAUCAUGUCUUCAGUUCUGAAUAGGUGUAGGUUGUCCAAGUUAUUUGGUUUCACAGUUUAGCCUAACUUGCUUCAUCUGUUUUGACAGGUGUUAACUUCAAGGAGGUAAACGAGGAGAACAAGCAGAAGCUUUUCGGAGAGAUAUACACUUCUAUCGACACAUUGGCGUUCACCUUUGGCAAUGUGUAAGUACAGCGUUGUAAUAGUGAUUGCAAUAACUAGCUCAUUUUUUUCUGACUCUUUAUUGUGACACAAACAAACUAUAUUUGAUCUUGCAUUUAUAGCCAAUAUUUAUAUUGCAAUAAUAAAUAGGUAAAGGUCAUCCUUGUCUUACACCUCUAGAUAAUGUAAUAUUCUCAACCUUCAGUCUAUGUUUCCUUGCAUAAUGGCUGCCUGUGUUGUUGACUCUUAAAGUGUUGCCAACAACCAAAUCCAUACACUUACCAUUGUUAUAAAAACAACACAACUGACACCAGACCAGUGCUUAAGGGUUAUUUCCGUAGUACUGUAUGUAUAUGCCUUUCAUUGUUGAUGUGUGUUCCUCUUUCAGAGUGUCUGACUUCCUUAUGGGAGAUGUAGAGAAUGGAUCAGUGUUGGGGCUGCCCCUGACUCGGAGAAGCAAGGUAAGACAUACACACACACAUACACACACAUACACACACACACACACACAUACACACACAACUGUCUGUCUGGACAUUAUGUAUGUAUUUACGGUAAAGGCAGGUGAUUGACUGUCUAAAGAUACCCAGAAUGGGGAGGUCAAAGGAUAUGGUGCUCUCAGGAAACAACAAAAUAACACUGAAGUGGAGGGUACUCCUGAAAUAUCUUCUAGUGAUUAAUUACAGCAUGACAGGGUGUUGAUGUAAUUUAUAGCUUUUUACUAUAACACAAAGGGAAAUUAAAAUGCUCACUAGCCAUGGUCAUUCUGUCAUGUCAUGUACCAUCCGGUUCCUCACUCAUCACUGUGGAACCGUUCUGUCCGUCUGUCUCAUUCCCAGUCGUUUGAGAACCUUUCCGUGGAAUCUGUAGUAUCCGGUCCAGAGAAAGAUGAUCCAUCAGGUAAGAUGCAAUACAACCACCAUGACACCUUAAUACUCCAUCCACUUAACAACUGAUAGCUCUUCACAUUUUACGAUAUACUGUAUGACAGCUUGGCUUGGCACUCCCUUAUAAAAACAUUACACAUUGACAUAAACCAGCCCUUUCUUUGUAUAUGUUUUUAUUAAUAAUAAUAAUAAUUAAUUACAUUUCUAUAGCGCUUUUCAUAGAAUCUCAAAGCGCUUCAAGAGCAAAAAAACAAACAAGCAAUAUAUCAUGACAGGUCAACCAAUAGAGGCCAAGUCUCUGAACUCUUUAUCCUCCGAAGAUGGAGAGGGUCAGUUCAUGGCUUGAGCGAAGGGAGCUAGACAGAGGAUGGUAGAUGAUGGUGAUGGAGUCUGCUGAUGAUCUUGUAGAGGGCAAGUCUGGGAACCAGCCUGAGUCGUAUAGCUACUGGACUUCUCCUCUUCCACUCUGUGUAGCACCCACUUGGGUGAUUCCUCAGCAGCUGUGAGUGCCAGAAAACUCACCACGCAAAGUUCAGAAUAGUAGCCAGUCGUCCUCAUUACGAGCCCUCUUUCUCAGCACUGCUGUAUUCCUCUAUCUCGCAUUCCUCUCACGCUUCAGGCGAUUCCUCAAAUUAUGUUCUCAAAAGAGCUGGAAUUGGCAGCCAGGUGAAACAAAAAAAGAUGGUACUGUGUCCAGAUGCAGUUUUUAAACAAAAGCUAGCUAGCCAAGCCAAAAAGUGUUAACGUGUCAAAUGCCAGAUAUACGCAAUAAAAACUCAAUGUUAUCAAAAACAACAAUUGAAAACACCUAAAAAUAACUAAAGAUGAUUAGGUGUCAAUGUGUCAAUAGGCUAUAUGUCACUUGGGGUGACAGUACACACAAAGGACAUCCAGCCAACUUCUCACAACUGUGGGAAGCAUUGGAGUCAACAUGGGCUGUGAAAUUCUUUAGACACCUUGUAGAGUCCAUGCCCAGACGAAUUGAGUCUGUUCUGAGGGCAAAAGUGGGUGCAACUCAAAGUCUGUGCCCAGUGGGAUGGCUCUAGAAGAGUUUGUUGAGCGAAAGUGCCCUCUCCACUAUCACCUUAAUACAGCUCCAUCUGUUAAUCUGUGUUACGUCACUCUGUGUACUCAAAAAACUACAUUUCCUCUGUCACAAAGCUGGGUGGCUAGAAACACGGAACCACUGUGAAUAGCUCAUCCUAGUAUACCUAGUACUGUACAUACCAUUUUAUUUUCCAAAUGAUAUUGUCUGUACACACCACAUAUUUAUAUUCUCACUCUAAUACAGUGCCUUCUGAAAGUAUUCAGACCCCUUGACUUUUUCCACAUUUUGUUAGGUUACAGCCUUAUUGAAAAAUGUAUUAAAUCGUUUUUUCCCUCAUCAAUCUACACACUAUACCUCAUAAUGGGCCUCUGUACACCUAUGUAGAUAUUCCAUUAGAAAUCAGCCGUUUCCAGCUACAAUAGCCAUUUACAACAUUAACAAUGUCUACACUGUAUUUCUGAUCAAUUUGAUGUUAUUUUAAUGGACAAAAAAUUGCUUUUCUUUCAAAAAGAAGGACAUUUCUAAGUGACCCCAAACUUUUGAACGGUAGUGUAUAUGUUUGUUAUUUCUUAAAAACAAAAAACAGAAAUACCUUAUUUAAAUAAGUAUUCAUACCCUUUGCUAUGAGAAUCGAAAUUGAGCUCAGGUGCAUCCUGUUUCCAUUGAUCAUCCUUGAGAUGUUUCUACAACUUGAUUGGAGUCCACCUGUGGUAAAUUCAAUUGAUUGGACAUGAUUUGGAAAGGCACACGCCUGUCUAUAUAAGGUCCCACAGUUGACAGUGCAUGUCAGAGCAAAAACCAAGCCAUGAGGUCGAAGGAAUUGUCCGUAGUGCUCCGAGACUGGAUUGUGUCGAGACACAGAUCUGGGGAAGGGUACCAAAACAUUUCUGCAGCAUUGAAGGUCCCCAAGAACACAGUGGCCUCCAUCAUUCUUAAAUGGAAGAAGUUUGGAACCACCAAGACUCUUCCUAGAGCUGGCUGCCCGGCCUAACUGAGCAAUCGGGGGAGAAGGGCCUUGGUCAGGGAGGUGACCAAGAACCUGAUGGUCACUCUGACAGAGCUCUAGAGUUCCUCUGUGGAGAUGGGAGAACCUUCCAGAAGGACAACCAUCUCUGCAGCACUCCACCAAUUAGGCCUUUAUGGUAGAGUGGCCAGACAGAAGCCACUCCUCAGUAAAAGGCACAUGACAGCCUGCUUGGAGUUUGCCAAAAGGCACCUAAAGACUCUCAGACCAUGAGAAACAAGAUGCUCUGGUCUGAUGAAACCAAGAUUGAACUCGUUGGCCUGAAUGGUAAGCGUCACGUCUGGAGGAAACCUGGCACCAUCCCUACGGUGAAGCAUAGUGGUGGCAGCAUCAUGCUGUGGGGAUGUUUUUCAGCGGUGGGACUGGGAGACUAGUCAGGAUCGAGCAAAGUACAGAGAGAUCCUUUAUGAAAACCUGCUCCAGAGCGCUCAGGACCUCAGACUGGGGCAAAGGUUCCCCUUCCAACAGGACAACGACCCUAAGCCCACAGCCAAGACAACGCAGGAAUGGCUUCGGUACAAGUCUCUGAAUGUCUUUGAGUGGCCCAGCCAGAGCCCGGACUUGAACCUGAUCGAACAUCUCUUGAGAGACCUGAAAAUAGCUGUGCAGCAACGCUCCCGAUCCAACCUGACAGAGUUUGAGAGGAUCUGCAGAGAAGAACGGGAGAAACUCUCCAAAUACAGGUGUGCCAAGCUUGUAGUGUCAUACCCAAGAAGACUCAAGGCUGUAAUCGCUGCCAAAGGUGCUUAAACAAAGUACUGAGUAAAGGGUCUGAAUACUUAUGUAAAUGUGAUAUUUCCGUUUUUUAUUUUUUAUACAUUUGCAAAAAGAAAGCCAUAUCUCAGACUGCCCAUCUUAAUCUUUUCUUUUCAUUGGCCAGUCUGAGAUAUGGCUUUUUCUUUGCAACUCUGCCUAGAAGGUCAGCAUCCCGGAGUCGCCUCUUCACUGUUGACGUUGAGACUGGUGUUUUGCGGGUACUAUUUAAUGAAGCUGCCAGUUAAGGACCUGUGAGGCGUUUGUUUCUCAAACUAGACGCUCUAAUGUAUUUGUCCUCUUGCUCAGUUGUGCAAUGGGGCCUCCCACUCCUCUUUCUAUUCUGGUUAGAGCCAGUUUCCUCUGUUCUGUGAAGGGAGUAGUACACAGCGUUGUACGAGAUCUUCAGUUUCUUGGCAAUUUCUCGCCUUAAUUUCUCAGAACAAGAAUAGACUGACGAGUUUCAGGAGAAAGUUAUUUGUUUCUGGCCAUUUUGAGCCUGUUGCUGACGCUCCAGAUUCUCAACUAGUCUCAAGAAGGCCAGGUUUAUUGCCUCUUUAAUCAGCACAACAGUUUUCAGCUGUGCUAACAUAAUUGCAAAAGGGUUUUCUAAUGAUCAAUUAGCCUUUUAAAAUGAUAAACUUGGAUUAGCAAACACAACAUGCCAUUGGAACACAGGACUGAAAAAGUAUGAAAAAUGUAUGCACUCACUAACUGUAAGUCGCUCUGGAUAAGAGCGUCUACUAAAUUACUAAAAUUUAAAUGUAAAUGACUGAUGGUUGCUGAUAAUGGGCCUCUGUACGACUAUGUAGGAAUUCCAUAAAAAAUCUGCCGUUUCCAGCUACAAUAGCCAUUUACAACAUUAACAAUGUCUACACUGUAUUUCUGAUGAAAUUGAUGUUAUUUUAAUAGACAAAAAAAUUGCUUUUCUUUCAAAAACAAGGACAUUUCUAGUUGACCCCAAACUUUUGAACGGUGCUUUAUAUAUAUAUAUAUAUAUAUAUAUAUAUAUAUAUAUAUAUAUAUAUAUAUAUAUAUAUAUAAUAUAUGUAGUACCGGUCAAAAGUUUGGACACACCUACUCAUUCAAGGGUUUGUCUUUAUUUUUACUAUUUUCUACAUUGUAGAAUAAUAGUGAAGACAUCAAAACUAUGAAAUAGCACAUAUAGAAUCAUGUAGUAACCAAAAAAGUGUUAAACAAAACAAAAUAUAUGUUAUAUUUGAGAAUCUUCAAAUAGCCACCCUUUGCCUUGAUGACAGCUUUGCACACUCUUGGCAUUCUCUCAACCAGCUUCAUGAGGUAGUCACCUGGAAUGCAUUUUAAUUAACAAUUAAUUAAUUAAAAGUUAAUUUGUGGAAUAUCUUUCCUUCUUAAUGCGUUUGAGCCAAUCAGUUGUGUUGUGACAAGUUAGGGGGGGUAUACAGAAGAUAGCCCUAUUUGGUGAAAGACCAAGUCCAUAUUAUGGCAAGAACAGCUCAAAUAAGCAAUGACAAAUGACAGUCCAUCAUUACUUCAAGACAUGAAGGACAGUCAAUACGGAACAUUUCAAGAACUUUGAAAGUUUCGUCAAGUGCAGUCGCAAAAACCAUCAAGCGCUAUGAUGAAACUGGCUCUCAUGAGCACCGUCACAGGAAUGGAAGACUCUGCUGCAGAGGAUAAGUUCAUUAGAGUUACCAGCCUCAGAAAUUGCAGCCCAAAUAGAAGUCACAGACACAUCUCAACAUCAACUGUUCAAAGGGGACUGUGUGAAUCAGGCCUUCAUGGUCGAAUUGCUGCAAAGAAACUACUACUAAAGGACACCAAUAAGAAGAAGAGACCUGCUUGGGCCAAGAAACACGAGCAAUGGACAUUAGACUGGUGGAAAUUUGUCCUUUGGUCUGAUGAGUCAAAAUUUGAGAUUUUUGGUUCCAACCGCUGUGUCUUUGUGAGACGCGGUGUGGGUGAACGGAUGAUCUCCGCAUGUGUAUUUCCCACCGUAAAGCAUGGAGGAGGAGGUGUUAUGGUGUGGCGGUGCUUUGCUGGUGACACUGUCUGUGAUUUAUUUAGAAUUCAAGGCACACUUAACCAGCAUGGCUACCACAGCAUUCUGCAGCGAUACGCCAGCCCAUCUGGUUUGGGCUUAGUGGGACUAUUAUUUGUUUUUCAACAGGACAUUGACCCAACACACCUCCAGGCUGUGUAAGGGCUAUUUUACCAAGAAAGAGAGUGAUGGAGUGCUGAAUCAGAUGACCUGGCCUCCACAAUCCCCCAACCUCAACCCAAUUGAGAUGGUUUGGGAUGAGUCGGACAGCAGAGUGAAGUAAAAGCAGCCAACAAGUGCUCAGCAUAUGUGGGAACUCCUUCAAGACUGUUGGAAAAACAUUCCAGGUGAAGCUGGUUGAGCGAAUGCCAAGAGCGUGCAAAGCUUCCGUCAGGGCAAAGGGUGGCUAUUUGAAGAAUCUCCUUGAAUGAGUAGAUGUGUCCAAACUUUUGACUGGUACUGUAUAUAUAUAUAUAUAUAUAUAUAUAUAUAUAUAUAUAUAUAUAUAUAUAUGUGUGUGUGUGUGUGUGUGUGUGUGUGUGUAAAUAUAGGCUGUCUGUAUGUAGUCUCUAUGGUAUAGUUAAGGGGCCUAUAUCAGCUCUCCUGUCACACAGAGUGAUCUGUAAGCUCAGUCAUAUUAACACAGAGGAGGCAAUCCCUGUCCUGUCCAGUCUACUUAGCAUUACAGUGUAUUACCAACACAUAACCCAAGGUCAACAGGGACUUUACUUUCUGACAGAUCUGACACACACACUGGUACACACACACGAACACACACACACAAUCAUACACACAUACACACACAUGCGAUAGAGAGGUGCUUGUCCGUAGCUAGUUGCCAGUAGCUGUUAGCCAGUAGGUAGCAAUGCUCGGUCUCAGGCCUAGGCCCAGUAACUUCUUCUUCCCCAACCCAUGGCGUGUUACCAUUACCAUCACAGGUCCAUUGCCGCCGGCGAGGACGGAGGAGGUGGAUGGUGUGGACGUGGCGCUGCUGCGGAGUGAAGGCGGGGUGGAGUCAGCUCUACUAUACGCCAAGGCCUGGUCCAAGUACACCAAGGAGCUGCUGGCCUGGGUGGACAAACGACUCAGUAUGGGUGAGUCUCUCUCCCUCCCCCUUCCUCUAACACACAUAUGAUUAAUACAGAGAAACACCUCAUUAUUGUUGAGUCAGAGCCACAGAAUUAAACAGAACACUGUUAUUAGAUUAGAUAUUAUAAACCGUGUGGUUCGAGCCCUGAAUGCUGAUUGGCUGAAAGUAGUGGUAUAUCAUUCUGUAUACCAUGGGUAUGACAAAACAUUUAUUUUUACUGUUUUAAUUACGUUGUUAACCAGUUUAUAAUAUACCCCAAACACAUCAGGUGUUUGUGGUAUAUGGCCAAUAUACCACGGCUAACGGCUGUAUCCAGGCUCUCCACGUUGUGUCGUGCAUAAAAACAGAGGGUCGUUGUAAGCUGUGUCACUGUUAAGGGUCUUUGCUGAUCUUUAACUCCUUUUACCUCAGCUCUGGAAGUGUUUUUUUCUUAGUGUUAGCCUAGUAUUAGCAACUGAACAUUAGCUUAGUUUGUCCUAGCAUUAGCUACUGUAUAUUAGCUUAGUUUGACCUAGCAUUAGCUUCUGUAUAUUAGCUUAGUUUGUACUAGCAUUAGCUACUGUAUAUUAGCUUAGUUUGUCCUAGCAUUAGCUACUGUAUAUUAGCUUAGUUUGUCCUAGCAUUAGCUGCUGUAUAUUAGCUUAGUUUGUACUAGCAUUAGCUACUGUAUAAUAGCUUAGUUUGUCCUAGCAUUAGCUACUGUAUAUUAGCUUAGUUUGUCCUAGCAUGAGCUACUGUAUAUUAGCUUAGUUUGUCCUAGUAUUAGCCUACUUGUAUACAAUAAUAGAUAGUUUCACACCUGUUCUAUAUUGACCCAGAUAUACACUAGGACAAACUUGCAUGGGUUGAAUAUAACACUGAUGAGGUUAUUAUAUGCUUUGUCACUACAGUAAACGCUAAACUUACCUAAGCACAGUGUAGUGUACACUCUUAGCAAAAAGGGUUCCCAAAGGGUUCUUCGGCUAUCCCCAUAGAAUAACCCUUUUUGGUUCCAGGUAGAACCCCUUUUGGUUCCAAGUAGAACUCUUUUGAGUUUCAUGUAGAACCCUCUGUGGAAAGGAUUCUACCUGGAACCAAAAGGGAGUCUUCAAAGGGUUCUCCUAUGGGGACAGCCGAAGAACCCUUUUAGGUUCUAGAUAGCGCCUUUGUUUCUAAGAGUGUAGUAGUAUGUUCAGUCAUUUGUCGUUAGGUCCUCUAGUUGGAUGAAUAGGUUACUGUCCUGUACUUAAUCACUCAAUGUCUACAUCCUACACACACAGUGACACUAGCUACUUAAUCAAGCUGUAUUGAACAUGUAUGGUAUCUAUGACAUAGCCAGGCUAGCCAGGUAACGUUGAGUGUCUGAUUGCAGAUAUCGAGUGUGCGAAGAGCUACGCCAAAAUGGCAGAAUCAGCGAAGACACUCGCAAGUCAACAGGUGAUUAUGAUUAAAUAUGUUUUCUGCUCAUAUCAGUUGCAUUUGUUAUAAUAACCACACUAUUCACCAGUCAAUUGUUAUCUCAAAAGAUAACAGCUGCCAUAACAAUGAAUCAUUUUAAACCAUCUACACUACUUCUUUUUGAAUUGUGAUUAGUCACUUUUGUUGUCUUCCCAUCAAAGGAGUUCAUGCCAUUCCAGGACAUCUACAUGUCAGCGUUCAAGAAUGAUAUUGAGUCCAGCCAGCUCCUACUACACACAGCAGCUACCCUUCAAACCAACAAAUUCAUGCAGGUACGUACAUCUGUCUACGUGACUUUUCUACAGUAUGUGAUGCUCUGAUCUGCAUAAUCCAUACUCACAGGCAUUUGAUGGAUAAAUUAGCAUUGACUCACUGAAGCGUGUGUUUGUGUGUGUGUGUGUGUGUGUGUGUGUGUGUGUGUGUGUGUGUGUGUGUGUGUGUGUGUGUGUGUGUGUGUGUGGGGGGGGGGGUUCUCUAGCCUCUCCUCGCGCGGAAGAACGAGCUGGACAAACUGAGGAAGGAGGUCAAAGAGCAGUGGCAGAGAGAACAGAAGAAAAUGGUGGGUGGAACUUCAGAACUUUAAAAGGUCACUUUAAAAGGAAACUUAAAGCAAACAGAGCCACAGUCAUCAAAGGCUAUGUAAACCCCCUAGCUGUGUGUGUGUGUGUGUGUGUGUGUGUGUGUGUGAGCGCCAGGCUCUUGCCAUUAUUCAGGUGGUUUAAUAGCUGCAGUGUUGAAGGUAAUCUCUUCAGGUCCAAUUGCACCACCAGUGUGACUAGACGAGAGCAGACCCUGAACAAACUGGGUUGGUUAGUGUGUAUCUCUAAGGACAGUUUGUGUGUGUUUCCUUUGUGUGUUUUGGAACCAUGUUUUGCCUUUGCAGUGUGAGAGAAAAUGGGUUGAACAUUGAACAAUGAUUAGGGCUGAGUCAACAAUUUUGUAGCAGACAUGUUUGUGUGCGUACAUGUGUGGGUUAGUGGGUUUAUUUGCCUUGUGUUUCCCUAGUGUUAACGCUGUGUGUGUUUUCAGCAUGAGGCGGACAGUGCCCUGAGGAAGGGCCCGUGUUCUGCAGGCUCAGAGACAGGAGGAGUAUGAGAAGGCCCGGGUGUCCACCAGCCGAGUAGAGGAGGAGCAGCUGGGAGCAGCCAAGCUGGAGAAGAGACGCAGGCUGGAGGAGGAGGCUCUGCAGAAGGUAAAAUAUCUUGUCCAUGAGGCCCUUAGCUUGUCAGUGAGGCCCAUAGCUCGUCAUUUAGUAGACGCUCUUAUCCAGAGUUAACCACGUCUGAACAACUAACCCAUAACUGCUACCUGGGAAUCCACAUUCACAUACUGAAGAUGAUACCCUUUUGAUCAGUUGAUUGUAGUUGUGAGCUGUUCCACCCCUACCCUUUUCCAUAGGCGGAUGAGGCCAGAGACCACUGCAAGGCCUGUCUGACAGACGUAGGAGUGAAGAGAGUGGACCUGGCCAACACCAAGAGUGAGAUCCUCACCCAGUUACGAAAGCUGGUCUUCCAGUGUGACCUCACUCUGAAAGCGGUAUGUUGAGAAAUACAUCUUACAGUAUCCAAAUGUUUGAGUAAAAUCAAAUAUUCCCAGAAAUAUAAUAGAUACAGUGAGGGAAAAAAGUAUUUGAUCCCCUGCUGAUUUUGUACGUUUGCCCACUGACAAAGAAAUGAUCAGUCUAUAACAGGGGUGUCAAACUCAUUUUAGCUCAGGGGCAACAUGGAGGAAAAUCUAUUCCCAAGUGGGCCGGACCGGAAAAAUCAUGGUAUAUAUAACUUAAAAACAACAACUUCAGAUUGUUUUCUUUGUUUUAAUACGAUCAACAUACAACAUAAAGCUGGAGCCUGAGGACAGUGUGUCCAAAAUAGUACAAGCACAACAUCACUAUUAAUCAUAAAACACGUCAAGUUUAUUUGAAAAUUCUAAAGAAAAAGAACACACAAACACACAAUGCCUCAGUGAUUAACAGAACUGUUUCACAGAUCACAUAACUAUAUCAGGGUGUCAUUUCUCAGGCAGAAAUGUAGAUACAAAUAAUGAAAUCCUGUUCCCCAAACAAGUGCAAGAACCACAGAGUCAAGAAUAGGUUAAAUAUACAAAUAAAAUAAAAUCAAUUAAAAACAAUAGCACAUCAACAUAAAAACAUAUAAACAUAAAGCUGGAGCCUGAGGACAGUGUCCAAAAGCACAACAUCACUAUUAAUCAUAAAACACCUCAAGUUAUUUGAAAGUUCUGAGGACAAAGAACACACAAACACACAAUGCCUCAGUGAUUCACAGAAGUAUAUCACAGAACUAUAUCAGGGUGUCAUUUCUCAGGCAGAAAUGUAGAUAAAAAUAAUGAAAUCCUGUUCCCCAAACAAGUGCAAGAACCACAGAGUCAAGAAUAGGUUAAAUAUACAAAUAAAAUAAAAUCAAUUAAAAACAAUAGCACAUCAACAUAAAAACAUAUAAACAUAAAGCUGGAGCUUGAGGACAGUGUCCAAAAGCACAACAUCACUAUUAAUCAUAAAACACCUCAAGUUAUUUGAAAGUUCUGAGGACAAAGAACACACAAACACACAAUGCCUCAGUGAUUCACAGAAGUAUAUCACAGAUCACAGAACUAUAUCAGGGUGUCAUUUCUCAGGCAGAAAUGUAGAUAAAAAUAAUGAAAUCCUGUUCCCCAAACAAGUGCAAGAACCACAGAGUCAAGAAUAGGUUAAAUAUACAAAUAAAAUAAAAUCAAUUAAAAACAAUAGCACAUCAACAUAAAAACAUAUAAACAUAAAUCUGAAAGCGUUGCUCAAACUCCCGUAACAGUCCCGUUAUUUUAUCUUUGAACCGCUUCAUGUCUGCCACAUGUUGGGUCGCGCACACAUUUUUCAGACAGGGGAAGUGAGCUGCAUCACCACCGGCAAGUUGCGUCUCCCACAAUGACAGCUUCAACUUGAAAGAACUUAUGCUGUCAUAAUACUGCGUGACAACUUUGUUGCGCCCUUGCAGCUGUUUGUUCAAGUUAUUCAGGUGCUCUGUAACAUCCACCAUAAAUGCAAGGUCCUGCAUCCAUUCUGCGGAAUGAAAUUCUAACACUGGUUUGCCCUUUUCUUCCAUGAACUGUUCAAUUUCUUCUCGUAAAUCAAAGAAACGCCUCAGCACAGCACCUCGGCUUAACCAUCUUACCUCAGUGUGGUAUGGCAGGCCAUAGAUGUGGUCUUUCUCUCUGAGAAGGCUGUCAAACUGACGGUGAUUCAGGCUUCUGGAUCGGAUGAAAUUAACAGUUUGGAUGACCACCUUCAUGACGUUAUCCAUCUUUAAUGACUUGCAACACAAAGCCUCCUGUUUCAAAAUACAGUGAAAAGUCAAUUUGCAGAUUGCACUUUCUCUCUGAACUUUGUCACAACGCCUGCUUUUUUCCCGAUCAUUGAGGGCGCACCAUCUGUAGCCAGGCUGACAGCGCGGGACCAGUCCACUCCGACCCUGUCCAACGCGCCGACGAGUGCGGUAAAAAUAUCAGCUGCUGUCGUUGUAUCUGUCAUCGGCACCAACUCCACGAACUCCUCGGUGACGGUCAAUGUGUCAUCAACUCCGCGGAUGAAAAUUGCCAGUUGUGCAACAUCUGUAAUGUCCGUGCUUUCAUCAAUUGCAACCGAAAACGCAAUAAAUGACUUUACUUUUUGCUUCAACUGGCUGUCCAAAUCCACUGAAAGAUCGGAAAUCCUGUCUGCAACUGUGUUUCUUGUCAGGCUGAUAUUUGCAAAAGCCUGCCGCUUUUCAGGGCACACAAACUCCGCUGCCUUCAUCAUGCAUGUUUUUACAAAUUCACCCUCACUAAAUGGUUUUGAAGCCACUGCGAUUUCAUUAGCAAUGAGGUAGCUAGCUUUCACUGCAGCGUCACUGAUGUCUCGGCUGUGAGUAAACACAGACUGCUGUUUCUUCAGACCCGCCAACAGUUCAUUCACCUUCUCUCAUCUCCGCUGUCCUUGAAAGUUGUCAUAUUUGUCGGCAUGAAGACUCACAUAGUGGCGACGAAGGUUAUAUUCUUUCAGCAUAAAUAGGAUGACCAUUUUUCUUGGAACACUCUGCACUCUGCGUCCACUUUUCUCUUUUUUGACAGAGACAUAUUGGGGCAAUGAGGGUGCCAAAGCACAUAAUGUUAAAAGUAGAAGCCGUAAUAAAUAUCGCGGGCAAAACAAAGUAGCUCAUUGGCUGCACGUGCUUGAACUACUUGCUCUGCCCCGGUAUAAACAGUUUGCUUGCUUAACACAAUUGCUAUUGCGCCACCCAGUGGACGCAAUUGGAACAGCAGUUUAUUUUAUUGAAAAAUUGCAGCGCAUUUUUAUACUUUACAAAAUUAUUUUAAAACCCCCCCUUUUUUUUUUUUUUAUCAUCUCGCGGGCCGGGUUAAACCCGUUUGCGGGCCUGAUCCGGCCCGCGGGCCGGACGUUUGACACCCCUGGUCUAUAAUUUUUAUGGUAGGUUUAUUUGAAUAGUGAGAGACAGAAUAACAACAAAAAAAUCCAGAAAAAACGCAUGUGAAAAUUUUUAUAAAUUGAUUUGCAUUUUAAUGAGGGAAAUAAGUAUUUGACCCCCUCUCAAUCAGAAAGAUUUCUGGCUCCCAGGUGUCUUUUAUACAGGUAACGAGCUGAGAUUAGGAGCACACUCUUAAAGGGAGUGCUCCUAAUCUCAGCUUGUUACCUGUAUAAAAGACACCUGCCCACAGAAGCAAUCAAUCAAUCACAUUCCAAACUCUUCACCAUGGCCAAGACUAAAGAGCUCUCCAAGGAUGUCAGGGACAAGAUUGUAGACCUACACAAGGCUGGAAUGGGCUACAAGACCGCAAAUGGAAGAAACACAAAAGACCUGUCAAUCUCUCUCUGCCUGGGGCUCCAUGCAAGAUCUCACCUCGUGGAGUUGCAAUGAUCAUGAGAACGGUGAGGAAUCAGCCCAGAACUACACGGGAGGAUCUUGUCAAUGAUCUCAAGGCAGCUGGGACCAUAUUCACCAAGAAAACAAUUGGUAACACACUACACCGUGAAGGACUGAAAUCCUGCAGCGCCCGCAAGGUCCCCCUGCUCAAGAAAGCACAUAUACAUGCCAGUCUGAAAUUUGCCAAUGAACAUCUGAAUGAUUCAGAUGAGAACUGGGUGAAAGUGUUGUGGUCAGAUGAGACCAAAAUCGAGCUCUUUGGCAUCAACUCAACUCGCCGUGUUUGGAGGAGGAGGAAUGCUGCCUAUGACCCCAAGAACACCAUCCCCACCGUCAAACAUGGAGGUGGAAACAUUAUGCUUUGGGGGUGUUUUUCUGCUAAGGGGACAGGACAACUUUACCGCAUCAAAGGGACGAUGGACGGGGCCAUGUACCGUCAAAUCUUGGGUGAGAACCUUCUUCCCUCAUCCAGGGCAUUGAAAAUGGGUCGUGGAUGGGUAUUCCAGCAUGACAAUGAUCCAAAACACACGGCCAAGGCAACAAAGGAGUGGCUCAAGAAGAAGCACAUUAAGGUCCUGGAGUGGCCUAGCCAGUGUCCAGACCUUAAUCCCAUAGAAAAUCUGUGGAGGGAGCUGAAGGUUCGAGUUGCCAAACGUCAGCCUCGAAACCUUAAUGACUUGGAGAAGAUCUGCAAAGAGGAGUGGGACAAAAUCCCUCCUGAGAUGUGUGCAAACCUGGUGGCCAACUGCAAGAAACGUCUGACCUCUGUGAUUGCCCUCAAGGGUUUUGCCACCAAGUACUAAGUAAUGUUUUGCAGAGGGGUCAAAUAGUUAUUUCCCUCAUUAAAAUGCAAAUCAAUUUAUAACAUUUUUGACAUGCGUUUUUCUGGAUUUUUGUUGUUGUUAUUCUGUCUCUCACUGUUCAAAUAAACCUAUCAUUAAAAUUAUAGACUGAUCAUUUCUUUGUUAGUGGGCAAACAUACAAAAUCAGCAGGGGAUCAAAUACUUUUUUCCCUCACUGUAGUAAUAUAGUACUAUCUACUAUGGCCAUCUUUGGACAUUCUGUCUAGUGUAGAUACUGUCAUAAAAAUAGAACUCAGUCUAAUUUUAGGGGUGCUGUAUCUAAUGGGCUUUAUCUGUGUGUAUGUCUCCCCAGGUGACAGUGAACUGGUUCCAGCUCCAGCAGGCCCAGGUUGUGUCUCUACCCGUCAACCACCAGUCUCUGUGUGAGAGCGCCAAGCUGUACGAGCCGGGUCAGCGAUACAUUGGCUUCGUCAGGAGUCUUCCUGCCCAGUCAGACAGACCCAGGGUGGAGUCCUACUCCUUCGAUGCCACCGUCUCACAAUGUAACAACGCAGGGUGAGGGGAACACUGGAUGGAUGCUGUGAUUUUGCUUAUCCUACUACUUCGGUUUAAACUCACUCUCUGAUCCUUAAACAUAAAUAGAGUGUGUGUGUGUGCCUAAAAACGUGUGAAGCAUCAUCAUAACUAGGAUUGAGAUCUCUAUGAGUGCCAUUAUCUGAACAAAUGAGUGAGUUACUCUCUGUGGGAGAGCAGGAAGAUUGUGUUUUGAAAGAGUUACUGCUUUUGAGAGAAAAAGCCUUGUGGAGAAUAGUAUUAUAUUUAUCAAAUCAAAUCACAUUUUUAUUUGUCACAUGCGUCGAAUACAACAGGUGUAGACCUUACUGUGAAAUGCUUACUUACAAACCCUUAACCAACAAUGCAGUUUUAAGAAAAUGUAGUUAAGAAAAUAUUAACUAAAUAAACUAAAGUGAUUUUUAUGAGGCUAUAUACAGGGGGUACCGGUACUGAGUCAAUGUGCGGGGGUACAGGUUAGUUGAGGUAAUUUGUACAUGUAGGUAGGGGUAAAGUGACUAUGCAUAGAUACUCAUUUAGUGAUUUGCUGAGAGAAGGAGUGACUGGGAGAGCAGGAUUGUAUUAGCAGAUGGAAUAAUUGAGAGAGAGAGAGAGAGAUUGUUUUAGAGAGGGAACACAAUUGAGUUUGGUCUGCAGGACUUCCUGAGGUAGUGACUGGUCAUGGGAAAGAGAAAGAGAGAGGGGGGGUGGGGGUGAAGAAAGGGGUAGGGGGAAGGGGAAAACUCUGUUUUCAUAAUGCUAUUCAGGCCAUGCCUUAUGACUGAAACACCAAUCUAAAUUGUUCAACUUUUUUGUUGAGUCGUAUACAGAUAUGAAAUAAGCACAAGUUUGCCCACUGCACCCUUCUUAACUUCAUACAAAAAAUUAUUUUCAUGAGUGGUCGUCAUAGACUCUGCUUGUGUAAUGGUGUACGUAGUGACACAGAGUGUAGACGUAGAUGCUUUGUUCUUGGUUUGUUUACUUCUCCCAAUCCUGCCCACUGAUCAAAGAAGUGGGGUGACAGGGAGGGGAAGCAGGGGUUAAUUAUAGACCUAUAUCUUAUAGACUGCCCAUAUGCACGUCCUUAUAGGAGUGUCCAUUGGUUUUAGAUCCAUUAGUCCGUUAUCAAUUUCCACAUAUGCGAAUGGUCAUGUUGAUUGGGAUGUUAAUUUAAGGUUUAUAUUGAUGUUGAUGGGAUUAAUCAAUUUCCUUUCUCAUCUAUUGAAUUUGGUGAUUAUGUAUGUAAAGGCUAUGGAUCCAUCCAUGUGAGUUCAUGUUGAUUGAUUACAGUACCCUCACAAGACACUGGAUAAUCUCUAUGUUUGAAGCCUAUAAUGUGAGAUGUAAUGUUAAUCUUAACUCUUCCCUAUCUCCCCCUCCUCCCAGGUUGCCCCUCGCUAAGCGGUCGUUGAGCAGCACCCACUGCAGUGCCCACAGUUCCCACGGUAACCUGUCUCAGAUGUCCGUCACCUCUGGGGACUUCCUGGGGACCGACGAGGUGGAGAGCCCGGUCCACACACGGCCCACCAAGAUCUCUGAGAGACGGUCCAACAGCAGCGCCGACAUCCAAGGUAGUCUAGUGGUAGCCUAGUCGUUUACGGAGAAAUACAUGAGGGUUUCUGGUGAGGCCUGAUCCUAUAAUACAGGUUAAUAAACAACAAGAGGAAGGGAUGAAAAUACUCACUAUUCUUUUAAAGCAUACACCAAAGAGAGAUCAAAUCAAAAUCAAAUUGUAUUUGUCACAUGCUUUGUAAACAACAGGUGUAAACGUACAGUGAAAUGUUUUCUUACGGGCCCUUCCCAACAAUGCAGAGAGAAAAGAAAUAGAGAAAUAAUAGAAAAGUAAAAAUACAUAAUAAUAAUAAAUACACAAUGAGUAAUGAUAACUUGGCUAUAUACACAGGAUACCAGUACCAAGUCCAUGUGCAGCGGUGUGAGGUAAAUUAGGGAGAUAUGAACACAUAUCUUGGAAUAAUGUGAGCGAGAGAUAGAGAGAGUGUGUGUGUGUUGUACUUGUGUUGGUGUGAGUGAGUCUGGAAGCUUCCAAGUUGAUCCAGUGCUUUCAGAUUAGCCCUGUCCUCAUCUGACUGUCUAUCAUUCAGGGACACACACACUUUCACACACUCUCACAUACACCCUCACACACACUCUCUCAUACACCCUCACACACUCUCACACACACCCUCACACACUCUCUCACACACCCUCACACACACUCUCUCAUACACCCUCACACACUCUCUCACACACCCUCACACACACUCUCUCACACACCCUCACACACACUCUCCCACACACCCCCACACACACUCACACACACUCUCACACACACCCUCACACAUACUCUCACACACACCCUCACAUACGCUCUCACACACGCUCUCACAUACACUCUCACACUCAUCCCAUCUCUUUCAGAUCAGCUCAUGACACUGAUAGACACAUCUCUAACUUCACUGCAGGCCAAAUUAAGACUAUACCCCAAAUAGUUUUUUAGUAGGCAAAACAUCCCCCUGUCAUAAUCUGUGGUAGAUGUUGAAUUGCUAUCACAGUUUGGUAAUCUCUAUCUUCUUCAUAUCCAGGUCCUCAUAGGCAUUGAGAAAAGAAAACAAGUUUUGAAUGUUAAAUGAAUGCUUACAUAAUCAACUCAUUCAUGAUAAAUAAUUUUUGUUUGUAUUCAUUUGAUGUGUACAGAGGUCUAUGGGAUGAUGAUCUCCUUUUGUGAUUAUCAAGUGUUUCCAUGUAAACCACUUGAUACUGAAUUAAUGUGGUCCUCUAUCCCACACAUAACCCACUCAUUAUGCCUUUAUCAAUGAGGAUGCAAUUAGCCAGUCUAGUCCCUGUUUCCUUGACUGAAUUUGAAUGAGCUGAAUUUCUAAAUAGGUACAAGUGUAUUCAUUUUGUUUAAAAUGUUUCAAUAACUAAAUAUAAAUUAUUUUUGGUUAUGUAUGAUUCAGUAAAUGCAAAUGUGUUGGAAGAGUACAGUAACAGAUGCAGAAUGAGUAUUUCCUAUUGUGUGUUCCAGCUCUGAGGAUCCAGGGCCCGUUCCGACCCUGGGGAACGGGUAGUCAGGGCGGGGGGAUGUGCAGUGACUCAGAGAGCGCCGGAGGCAGCAGUGAGUCCCGAUCCAUGGACUCCCCCACAGCCAGCCCAGGUAAUGCCCCAUCUAUCCACCCUCCUCCACCCUAUAUACCCUUCCUAGCCCAGGGCUAUAUCUCCACACAACCUUCUAUCCAUUGGCUUGGCAGCCACCUUCAAACACCUGGCACCAACCAGCACUACACCCUGUCUGCCUUAGCUUUCAUCACCUGUUGAAAGGAAUUGAUUGAUGGUUCUUGUUAUGUCAUAUCAGCCUCCCUCCUUGACGUGACAGAGACAAACGAAAAAUACAAUAACAAGACACAGAGACAGACAGACUAACAGUGGGAACAUGCCUGAGUCCUGAAGGUGUCUCUAUAAUACCUUAGAGAGGGAUGUGGUCUACAGGCUGUGUAAAUAACACAGGAAUGUGAAGCAGGUUUAACAGUAACAUUUUCUGGAGUUUUGUGUUAUUCUGGUGUUGUUUUCUGUUUAUUAUCUAAUAGUCUGUUUGUUUUUCAUUGAGUGUUAUGGUAUGUUUCCUUCAACUUAAUUAUAGUGUUACAAUCAUGUUAUAAUCAUACAAAACAAGCGUUCCAGAGUGAGAUGUUUUAUUUGACUAGUUAGAAUUAAUUUAACUGGAUUAAGCAAUCUGACUCGUUAGCACUUUUGGACUCAUACGAAUCUAGAACGAUUGGAAUGAGAGUUUGCCAUCUAGCCAGUCAGUUCAUUCUUAUAUUUCCAAAGUGCCCCAAUGUCUGGAGAAAUGUGGGAAAUGUGCCCUAUCACAAGAGAUUGGCCUCUUGUCCAGGCCAUUAUCAGAACAAUAAGGGAUCAACCAGAGGGAUUGAUCGUUGAAUGGAGGUAUGAAUCACCCAGAAUGCCUCGUGGGUGGUCCCCUGUUGGUCUCCUGACCUCUUGCCAUUGGAGGGUCCUGUGUUAUAAUAGCUGGACUCUUUGACAGUCGCUCAGUUCAUACCAAGCAAGGCUUGAAGCUAUUGCUAGAAAGGAGCAGACACUCUGAGAUAACCACCUAAAACCAAGGAUCUACUAAUAAAUAUAAGAUAUAAUAACAUAAUAUAUGCCAUUUAGCAGACGCUUUUGUCCAAAGCGACUUACAGUCAUGCGUGCAUACUGCAUACAAUUACUAUUACUACUAGACCAGGCCUCAGUUAGACAGUGGACAGUGGACAGUAGUACUGAGUAGCUAGACAGUUGUAUUGUACUAUGAGAAUAUUUUGUGUGUUCACUGGCUCCUGCUCAGGUGACUUCAAGAGGAGAUUACCCAGAACCCCCUCCACGGGAACCAUGUCAUCAGCUGAUGACCUGGACGAGAGAGAGCCGCCCUCGCCAUCAGACAACGGUGAGUCAGAUAGUUCAGUAAUUUGAUAUGAUUCUAUAUGUUUGCUUUGGCAAAGUAUGUGGUAUCACUUUCCAUGUCAAUAAAGCCUCUUGGAUUUGAGUUCAGGGAAGAUGUGUGUGUGUGGUAAAACAGUUGGUAAUGCUUGAAAUGUCAUAAGAGUAUAUUGUAACAGUUCAGAAUGUGUUAUGACAGUCUCAUUUGGAGCAAUAAUCUCUUCAGCAGCAAUACAAAGGUAGCCUAGCGGUUAGAGCAUUAGUCCAGUAAAGGUUGCUAGUUUGAAUCUCCAAAGUGAACAAAUCUACCGAUGUGCCCUUGAGCAAGGCACUCAACUCUUAUUGUUCCAGGGUCGCUGUUGAUAAUGGCAGACCCUGGCCGUGACCUCACUCUCAGAGGGUGUCUCAGGGGGAGUUGGAUAUGCAAAAAACACAUUUCCAAUGGCACACAUGCGUAUUAAUAACAUUUGUACAUGUGAAGAUCUUCUUUCCAAAAUGCUAUAUAUACAUUUUCUGAUAUUUGGGUAAAUUAGCUUUUAUUGUUUAAAGAUCUUAUAAACAAGAUUGGUGUGUAUCUAAUCAUGGCAUGGGGUUGUUUAAUGACAGACAUGUAUUUGUUUGAAAUGUAUCAUUGAUGGUUUCAUUUCAGAGAGACAAAUAAUCAUGUUUUUUUGCUAAAUUCUAUAUAUCUGCCUCACUCUCAGAUAAAUAAUUAGUACUACUAGGUUUUACACAGUCAAAUGUAACAAAUAACUACAUUUUUUAUAAAGAGCUGUGCAAAUGAUACAUUUGUGAAAUCAACAUAAAAACUAUUAAUCAAUACAGUAAUGAGAUCUGUAUGUAAAACAUUUACAGUGCCUUCAGAAAGUUUUCAUACACAUUGACUUAUUCCACAUUUGUUGUGUUACAGCCUGAAUUCAAAAUGGAUUAAAUAAAUGUUUUGUUCUCACCCAUCUACACACAAUACCCCAUCAUUACAAAGUGAAAACAUGUUUUGAGAAUUUUGUGCAACUUUAAAAUGAAAAUGAAAUAUAGAAAUAUCAAAUGUACAUAAGUAUCCACACCCCUGAGUCAAAACAUGUUAGAAUCACCUUUGGCAACGAUUACAGCUGUGUCUUGCUGAGUAAGUGGCGGCAUGUAACCUAGCGGUUAAGAGUGUUGGGCCAGUGACCGAAAGGUCGCUGGUUUGAAUACCCGAGCCGACUAGAUGAUAAAUCUGUCGAUGUGCCCUUGUACAAGGCACUUAACCCUAAUUGCUCCUGUAAGCUGCUCUGAAUAAGAGUGUCUGCUAACUAAGUCUCUAAGAGCACCUGGAUUAUACAAUGAUCAUGUUUUACAUUCUUCAAGCUCUGUCAAGUUGGUUGUUUAGCAUUGCUAGACAAACAUUUUAAAGUCUUGCCAUAGAUUUUCAAACCGAUUUAAGUCAAAUCUGUAACUAGACCACUUAGGAACAUUCAAUGUUGUCUUGGUAAGCAGCUCCAGUGUAUAUUUGGCCUUGUGUUUUAAGUUAUUGUACUGCUGGAAGGUGAAUUUGUCUCCCAGAGUCUGUUGGAAAGCAGACUGAAGCAGGUUUUCCUCUAGGAUUUUGCCUGUGCUUAGCUCUAUUUCUUUUCUUUUUAUCUUAACAAACUCCCUAGUCCGUGCCGAUGACAAGCAUACCCAUACCAUGAUGCAGCCAACCCAUGCUUCAAAAUAUGAAGAGUGGUACUCAGUGAUGUGUUGUAUUGGAUUUGCCUCAAACAUAACACUUUGUGUUCAGGACAUAAAGUUCAUUUCUUUGCCACAUUUGUAGCUGUUUUUAUUUAUUGCAUGUUUUGGAAUAUUUUUUAUUCUGUACAGGCUUCCUUCCUUCUUUUCACUCUGUCAUUUAGUUAGUAUUGUAGAGUAACUAAAAUGUUGCUGAUCCAUCCUUAGUUUUCUCCUAUCACAGCCAUUAAACUGUUUCAAAGUCACCAUUGGCCUCAUGAAAUCCCUGAGCGGUUUCCUUCCUCUCUGGCAACUGAGUUAGGAAGGACGCCUGUAUCUUUGUUGUGACUGGUUGUAUUGAUACAUCAUCCAAAGUGUAAUUAAUAGCUUCACCGUGCUCAAAGGGAUAUUCAAUGUCUGCUUUAUUUAUUUUUACCCAUCUACCAAUAGGUGCCCUUCUUUGCGAGGCAUUGGAAAACCUCCCUGGUCUUUGUGGUUGAAUCUGUGUUUGAAAUUCACUGCUCGACUGAGGGACCUUACAGAUAAUUGUAUGUGUGGGGUACAGAGAUGAGGUAGUCAUUAAAAAAUCAUGUUAAUCACUAUUAUUGCACACAGAGUGAGUCCGUGCAACUUAUGUGAUUUGUUUAGCAAAUUUAUACUCCUGAACUUAUUUGCCAUAACAAAGGGGUUGAAUACUUAUUGACUGAAGGCAUUUCAGCUUUUCAUUUUUAAUUAAUUUGCUAACAUUUCUAGAAACAUCAUUCUCCUUUGACAUUAUGGGAUAUUGUGUGUAGGCCAGUGACACAAAAUCUCAAUUUAAAUUCCGGCUUUAACACAACAAAAUGCGGAAAAAGUCAAGGGGUGUGAAUACUUUCUGAAGGCACUAUACAUUUGACAUUUUAGUCAUUUAGCAGAUGCUCAUAUCCAGAGCGACUUACAGUUAGUGUAUUAAUCUUAAGAUAACUAGGUGUUACAACCACAUAUCGCAGUCAAACAUACAGUAUACAAACAUUCCAUUCCAGCUAAACAAUGGAGUUUUGCAUACACACCCACCUAAAUUAUUAUUAUUAAUUAUUAUUACGCUCACUGAGUAAAACAACAUUUGGACCAGUGAUGGUGUUAAUGGAGAUGAUACUGUCUCUCUCUCUCUUCGGAGAGAGCGAGAGAGCGAGGAGAAGAGAGAGAGAGAGAGAGAGGCGAGAGAGCGAGAGAGAGAGGGAGAGAAGAGAGACGAGCGAAAGAGUGAGAGGAGCAAGGAGAAAGAGAGAAAAAAGAGAGAGAGAGGAGAGCGAGACGAGAGAGAGAGAGGGGAGCGAGGAGAGAGAGAGAGAGAGAGCGAGGAGAGAGAGAGGCGAUGGAGAGCGAGGAGAGGAGACGGGGAGCGAGGAGGGGAGAGACGAGACGAGGGAGGGGGAGAGCGAGGGAGAGAGAGAGGGGCAGAGAGAGGGAGAGCGAGAGAGGAGGAGCAGAGAGGGAGGAGGAGAGCGGAGAGCCUAGUAGCUCGGCGCGGUCGCGAUGCUGCUAGACGCUAAGCUCUCGGCCUCUCUCACUGCUCAGUACUGAGCAGAUCGUCGUAGUCUCGUGCUAAAAAUCUGACACACUUGUCAUAGAUGAGCUGUGGCAUCUUCUUGCUCUUCUAUACUCUCCGCCCGAUUUCUCUCCUCUCUCUCAUACGUUCCCCUAGGUCUAAGUGAGAUGGUGAUAGAGACAGCCAGUUCCCCAGGUCCGUUCCGUAACACCCAGAUGUCGAAGGCAGCCCAGACACACAAGCUGAGGAAGCUGAGGGCCCUGUCCAAGUGCAGAGAGUGUGAUAGUCUGGUGGUCUUCCAUGGGGCUGAGUGUGAGGAGGUGAGGACAGUGGUUUUCAAUCUGGGGUGCUCUACCCCUGGAAGUACCUGGCCUAUCCACAGGGGGGAAUUGGAAAGACUCAGAAGACCAUAGGCCUAAUGAUCAGUUGAACAUGAAGGGGUACUUCAGGUAGAGCAAAAUGUGAUUUUGGGUACAGUAAGUAACCAAAUAAGACAUACUGGUCUAUUAGCCCCAAUAGGAAAGAGACUGUUGAUCACAAGUAGCCACACAGGGGCUGCAUGAGAGUCCACAGACCAUCAGUUGUCAUUUAGAGUGACCUCUCCAUCAUCCAGCACUAGGUAUUUGGACUCAUUGAAAGGGGACAUGCAGCGGAAACCAAAUACCUUUUGUUACCCUCUUGGAGCCUGUACUAUCCUCUUGUUAGAAUGUUCUCUCAGCUCUGCUUAUUUUAGAUAGAGUUACAUUACAUAUUUAUGGAAACCUUCAUAUUUGGAUACAUUGGAACAGGACAGUGAAAGAUGGUUACUUGAGGGGAAUGGUUAUUUAGCCGAUUAUGUAACACUGUGGUCAUGUGUGGCUCUGUGAGAGUGGGGUGCUAGCAACGUCAAGGUCGUGGGUUCAAUUCCCACAGGGAUCACAUACACUUACUAAAAUAUAUGCACUCACUGUACUGUAAGUCACUUUGGAUAAAAGCAUCUGCUAAGUGGCAUAUAUAUAUACAGUAUUAUUGCUAGCUGACAUGGAUAUUCACUAUUUGACUCCUCUGCUGUUUCCCAGUGCUCCCUGGCCUGCCAUAAGAAGUGUUUGGAGACUCUGGCCAUCCAAUGUGGUCAUAAGAAACUCCAGGGUAGACUGCACCUCUUUGGUAUUGACUUCACCCAGGCAGCUAGGAACAACCCAGAUGGAAUCCCUUUCAUCAUCAGGAAGUGUACCUCAGAGAUAGAGAAUAGAGCACUGGACAUCAAGGUAACAUUAUGCUAGCUUUUUAAAGUAAGAUUAUGUAGCCUAGCUAUAGUGCAUGCUUGUUUGGCAAAUAUUCUCUAUUGUUUCAGACGUCAUCCACCCCUGUUUUAAAAAAAUUGAAUAUUUCUCUUUUUUGCAGCUAAAUAAUGUUUUUUAGGAUAAUAAAAUGGGCUGCUGUGUUGUGUCUUGGUUUUCCAGGGGAUCUACCGUGUGAACGGGGCCAAGUCUCGUGUGGAGAAGCUCUGUCAGGCGUUUGAGAACGGCAAGGACCUAGUGGAGCUAUCUGACCUUUACCCUCAUGACAUCAGCAACGUGCUCAAACUUUACCUGAGACAGGUGGGUCUCACACACAUACACACAGAAUCCUUCAGGAUAAGAUAGUUGCUGGUUACAGAGUACGUCAGACAGACUGCACGCUAGCCCAAUAAUAUUUACCUAUCUUCCUUCUCUUCAUUCAUUGCUAGUUUAUAUUCCCAAAUGCUUCUUUCUUUGUCUCCAGUCCUGUCUGUUGUAUAUUUGUCUUCAUAUUUUUGUUAUUCCAGUUUAAAAUUAACUUCCAUGUUUAUUUUCUCUCCCUGUAGCUUCCAGAGCCUCUCAUCCUGUUCCGUUUUUACAACGACUUCAUCGGCCUGGCCAAGGAGAGCCAGAACAUCAUUGUGGACGAGGUGGAGGCGUCCAGGGUCAGCCCCGUCUCCCUGACCCCGCCGCAGGUCAGCGUGGAGCUCAACCGGGUCCUCUUCAAGAUCAAAGACCUUCUGAGACAGCUGCCAACGGCCCACUACAAGACCCUGCAGUUCCUCAUCCAACACCUGCACAGGUACGGAAUCUAUUCAGAGAAUAUAGAUGAGUUGACAAGCGCUCACAACUCUCACUUUCACCUAAAUAAUUUAUUGAUGUCAAUGGGACACUUUGAGUUAAGUCAGCGGAUCUCAAGUCCGAAAACAACCCUGUAAAUACACAUACACAACUUAAAACACACAAGUCCCACAAAGUAACAACAAAAACUGCAACAGCAGUAACAAUGAACCAGAAGUCCACCUUCAUAUUUCAUCCUUCCUCACCCCUGUAGGGUGACCGAGCAGGCGGAGGAGAACAAGAUGACAGCCAGUAACCUGGGUAUCAUCUUCGGCCCCACGCUCAUCAAACCCAGACAGACAGACGCCGAGGUGUCCCUGUCCUCCCUGGUGGACUACCCCUACCAGGCCCUCAUUGUGGAGCUCCUCAUCAGACACUACCAGAUGAUCUUUGAUGCCCCCCUUAGCCCCCUGCCACGGCCCCAGGGCCCACCAGGCCCCUCUGGGGAGGGCUCUCCUCUGAAGGGUCAGGACUCUAAUCCCCGCCUCACCCCUCAGGAGAAGGAGCAGCUUCUCAGCAGACACUCCAAGUCUCUGGUAGAUGUUAAGGAGGUGAGUGACUUGUCUGAUCCCAUAUUAAAAUAGAAGUCAAUAGAAAUAUGAUUAACCUCAACACUGACUAUAAUACACUAUGGCCAAAAGUAUAUGGACACCUGCUCGUCGAACAUUCCAAAAUCAUGGGCAUUAAUAUGGAGUUGGUCCACGCUUUGCUGCUAUAACAGCCUCCACUCUUCUGGGAAGGCUUUCCACUAGAUGUUGGAACAUUGCUGCGGGGACUUGCUUCCAUUCAGCCACAAGAGCAUUAGUGAGGUCGGGCACUGAUGUUGGCCGAUUAGGCCUGGCUCGCAGUCGGUGUUUCAAUUCAUCCCAAAGGUGGGGUUGAGGUUAGGGCUCUGUGCAGGCCAGUCAAGUUCUUCCACACCGAUCUCGACAAACCAUUUCUGUAUGGACCUCGCUUUGUGCAAGGGGACAUUGUCAUGCUGAAACAGGUUGCCACAAAGUUGGAAGCACAGAAUCGUCUAGAAUGUCACUGUAUGCUGUAGCGUUAAGAUUUCCCUUCAUUAGAAUUAAGGGGCCUAGCCCAAACCAUGAAAAACAGCCCUAGACCAUUAUUCCCCCUCCACCAAACUUUACAGUUGGCACUAUGCAUUGGGGCAGGUAGCGUUCUCCUGGCAUCCGCCAAACCCAGAUUCGUUCGUCGGACUGCCAGAUGGUGAAGCGUGAAUCAUCACUCCAGAUAAUUAAUUUCCAUUGCUCCAGAGUCCGAUGGCGGCGAGCUUUACACCACUCCAGCCGACGCUUGGCAUUGCGCAUGGUGAUCUUAGGCUUGUGUGUGGCUUCUCGGCCAUGGAAACCCAUUUCAUGAAGCUCCCGACAAACAGUUAUUGUGCUGACGUUGCUUCCAGAGGCAGUUUGGAACUCGGUAGUGAGUGUUGCAACCGAGGACAGAUUAUUUUUACGUGCUUCAGCACUCAGUGGUCCCGUUCUGUGAGCUUGUGUGGCCUACCACUUUGUGGCUGAGCCGUUGUUGCUCCUAGACUUUUCCACUUCACAACAGGCACUUACAGUUGACCAGGGCAGCUUUGACAAACUGACUUGUUGGAAAGGUGGUAUCAUAUGACGGUGCCACGUUGAAAGUCACAGAGCUCUUCAGUAAGGCCAUUCUACUGUUUGUCUGUGGAGAUUGCAUGACUGUGUGCUCAAUGUUAUACACUUGUCAGCAAAGGGUAUGGCUGAAAUAGCCAAAUCCACUAAUUUGAAGGGUUGUCCUUAUACUUUUGGCCAUGUAGUGUACCUCACAAUCCGUAUGUUACAGAUCUAGCUACUACUACUGACUGAAACAGUAGUGAUACUGACUUUUAUCGCUCUCAUCGCUGAUCGCAUACUUAGCGAGCUACAGAGAGGAGAUGCUAACUGAUCUUCGUAGUAUACGUAUCUCUACUGUAUAUCUAUCUCAUGCGCUUCUCUGCUCUCUCUCUCUCUCUUCCUCUCUCUCUAUCUUCUCUCUCUCUCUCUCUCUCUCUUCCAUUGUGUUUUUCCCUCUCUGUCCAUCUGUUUCCUGUCCUCUGUCCAUUGCAGCAGAGCUCUAAAGUGUAUAAGCGUCAUUCCUCCAUAAUCCCCUCCACCCAUUUAAUGGACGAGGUCAGAGAGGGGAAACCCAGGCCUGAUGGGAGGGACUAUGCACCUGGUCAGUAUUACUAAACCAAAGCUGGACACACUGUAUACUAUAGCCUACUUUACCGUAUCACUCCCUGCUAUUUUAUAACUGACGUGUCCUCUAUUUACUCUGUAGUAGUGGACGAGGACUCAGAGCAACUCAACGGGCUCCUGUCUGGCAGCGUCCCUGAGGUCCAGAGAGCAGGAGGAGAGAGGGAGAGGGGGGAAAGGGGUCUGACCCGGGCCCGCCACACCACUUCCCGGGUCCACCUCCGCCACCCCCGCUCCAAGCUUGUCUCCCGGCCCAUGAGCAUGCCUGCUGAACGCCUCCUGAACCCCGCCCACGGCGUGGACGAGAGGAAUGCCAGGAACACCGCUGACCUGGACACCGAGGACGUUACCGGGAGCGCCGGGAACAUUGCGAUUGAGGAGGUGUCGGAGGACGAGAAGCCAAAGUCGAGGGCGAGCAGCCACUACCGGAGCACGUUCAUCGACACAGGGACGUUACGUAGGACCUGGGACAGACAGUACAAGCAUUAUGACAUCACCCCCAGGACAGCUAAGAUCAUUACCAACCUGCCUACAGCAGACAAGGAGGUGGAGGACUCGACCAGCAGCCUCUCCACGUCUGUACCAUCAUCCUCUUCCACAAGCACCAUCUACCCCAACAGACCCUACACCAUUGCAGUGAGGCCGGGCAGGACUCUGAAAAGGGAGGAGAACGUGUGCGAGUACAGCCCUGUGCCCACUGCGUUCAGGCCCCCCCGGACUCUACAGCCACCCCCUGGAACCUUCUACAAACCCCCCUCGGGGAUCAAGGCCAAAGUGCUAGAGAAGCGUGUCGAGGCAGCUAACAGCGCAGAGGAGGAAGAAGAGGAGGACGAUGAUGAUGAGGAAGAUGAGGAAGAUGAGAUGGGUCUGGAGGUCUCUGUAGAUGAGCCCUCUGUGGAUGAAGACAAUGUGGAUGAGGACACUGAGGGUCCGCAGCAGGCUGCAGGCUCCUCUCUGUCUCUGCCCCAAUCCCCCACCUCCAGCCCUGAGGACCUCAGUGAGGAGGCCAAGCCCGUGUACCAGAGACUACGGCCCAGACGCUUGCAGGAGUUUGAGCACCGUGAGGCCCAUUUUGUAUGA